AUGGCAGUUUCUGCAAUUGGUUUUGAAGGUUUUGAAAAGAGGUUGGAAAUAUCCUUUUCUGACCCAGGACUAUUCUCUGACCCUCAAGGAAGGGGAUUGAGAUCUCUCACAAAAUCCCAAUUGGAUGAGAUUCUUUCACCAGCUGAGUGCACCAUUGUGUCUUCUCUAUCAAAUGACAAUGUUGAUUCCUAUGUUCUAUCGGAGUCCAGCCUUUUUGUUUAUGCCUACAAGAUCAUAAUCAAAACCUGUGGCACUACCAAGUUACUGCUUGCAAUCCCACCGAUAUUGAAAUUGGCCGAGUCUAUUUCUCUUAAUGUUAGAUCUGUGAGGUACACCCGAGGCAGCUUCAUUUUCCCUGGUGCUCAGUCUUUUCCUCAUCGCCACUUUUCUGAAGAAGUAGCUGUCCUUGAUGGCUUCUUUGGCAAACUUGGAUCAGGUAGCAUGGCUUAUAUUAUGGGUGGAUCCGAUGAAGCCCGGAAUUGGCAUGUCUACUGUGCCUCUGCUGAUUCCGCGAGCCCAGCAGAUUCUGUCUACACACUCGAGAUGUGUAUGACCGGCUUAGACAGAGAGAAAGCAUCCGUUUUCUUCAAAGAACAAACAGGUUCAGCUUCCGAGAUGACCAUCAACUCUGGCAUUAGGAAAAUUCUUCCAAAUUCUCAAAUUUGUGACUUUGACUUUGAACCUUGUGGUUAUUCAAUGAAUUCUGUUGAGGGGCCUGCUGUAUCUACAAUUCAUAUUACCCCAGAAGAUGGUUUCAGUUAUGCAAGCUUUGAGACUGCAGGAUACGAUUUGAAGGCAAUAAAUCUGAAUGGAAUGGUGAUGAGGGUGCUAGCUUGUUUCAAACCAACUGAGUUUUCUGUAGCUGUUCAUGUGGACAAUGCAAGCAAGUCAUUUGAGCAGGGGUGUUUGCUGGAUGUUAAGGGAUACUUCUGUGGAGAGAAGAGCCACCAAGGGCUUGGAAUGGGUGGAUCUGUUGUCUACCAAAAAUUUCUCAAGACUUCGGACUGUGGCUCGCCUAGAUCAACACUCAAGUGCUGGAAAGAUGAAGAUGAAGAAGAGUAG